GCGUCGCUGCCUUUGUGCGGAUCCGCUGCCCCGAAGACCCGAGGAGGAGCAGGAAGCAGGAGAACCAGCAGGAGAACCAGCAGGAGAACCAGCAGGAGAACCCGGAGGAGACACGUGCACGGAGAGAGUCCGGAACCGAGCGGAUCUGAGGCCGGAACUCUUCUUUGUGCUGCAGCGGGUUCGAGUCCGGAGCAGAAAGGCCUCCAAGAUAGAUUCCCUCAGGAGUGCAGUGGACUUGCUCCGCCUCCCUCUGGCGCUCUCCUCCAAGUCCAUCAGCAGCCACAAGAGCCAGCUGGGCGUGGUCUGGGAGAAGGGCGGGGCAGGCUCCGGGGCAGGAGGGGCUCAGAAACCCCGCCCACCGCCGGCCUCCGACAUGGACAACGAGUCGAUGUACUCCGCCUACUCCUUCAAGUCGUCGCACUCGCGGACCUCCCGCAAACACAGAGAGCGGAGGGACAAGCAUCGCUCCAAGGCUCGGGACAGCAGCCUCCGCGGAGACAAGUCCGUGAGCAUCCAGGCGCCUGGCGAGACGCUGCUGGACGUGGAGUCCACCCGCGGGGACGACCGGGUCCGAGUUCAGUCUGAGUCACCGCCGUUAACGCGUGGCGCCGCCGUCACUCAUCCCUCUCUCCUCCUCUCUCUCUCUCCUCAGGACGACAACUGGGGCGAGACCACCACCGUGGUCACCGGCACCUCCGUGGACAGCGCCUCCCAGGAGGACCUGACACGGAUCUCCAAGGACCUAGAGGAGUCCUCGCCGCUGGAGUGCCGCCGUUACUUCGGCGUUGUGUUGGGCGCCGUCCUGGGGCUCUUUGCUCUGGUCACGCCUCUGGCCUUUCUGGCGCUGCCGCAGCUGCUGUGGCGGGACGUCCUGGACCCUUGCGGCACGCCGUGCGAGGGCCUCUACAUUUCUCUGGCCUUUAAGCUCCUGAUCCUCCUGAUCUCCACCUGGGCGCUGUUCCUCCGCCCGACCAGAGCCACGCUGCCGCGCUUCUUCAUCUUCCGCUGUCUGCUGCUGGCGCUGGUCUUCCUCUUCGUGGCGUCCUACUGGCUCUUCUACGGCGUGCGGGUGCUGGAGCCCAGAGAGACGGACUACAGGGGGAUUGUGGGAUACGCAGCAUCGCUGGUGGACGCGCUGCUGUUCAUCCAGUACCUGGCUCUGGUGCUGCUGGAGGUGCGGCACCUGCAGCCGGCGUUCUGCCUGAAGGUCGUGAGGACCACAGACGGAGCCAGUCGCUUCUACAGCGUCGGACAUCUCAGUAUUCAGCGGGCGGCCGCCUGGCUUCUGGACCAGUACUACAGUGACUUCCCGGUCUAUAACCCGGCCCUGCUCAACCUGCCCAAGUCCAUCCUCACCAGAAAGAUGUCGGCCUUCAAGGUCUACAAUCUCGGAGAAGACAACAGCACCAACGCCUCCUCGGGACAAUCCAGAGCCAUGAUCGCAGCCAACGCUCGCCGGAGAGACAACUCCCACACCGAGUUCUACUACGAGGAGGCCGAGGUGGAGCGGAGGGUCCGCAAGCGCAAGGCCAGGCUGGUGGUGGCAGUAGAAGAAGCCUUCACCCACAUCAAGCGUCACCAGGAAGAAGAGGCGGUUCUGUCCUCGCCCAAACACCCACGGGAGGUGAUGGACCCGAGGGAGGCGGCUCAGGCCAUCUUCGCCCCGAUGGCGCGGGCCAUGCAGAAGUACCUCCGAGCCACCAGGCAGCAGUCGUACCACAGCAUGGAGAGCAUCAUCGACUUCCUGCAGUUCUGCAUCACGCACAACAUGACUCCCAAGGCUUUCCUCGAGAGGUACCUCAGCCCCGGCCCCACCCUCCAGUACCUGGACAGCAGCAGCAGGGGGCGCCAGUGGACACUAGUGAGCGAGGAGCCUGUGACUGCGUCUCUGCGGCAGGACCAGGUCUUCACCCUGAAACGCCCGGACUUCUCCCUGGUCGUCACGGUGACACCACUUCCCUUCCUGCGCCUGGGCGAGGAAUUCGUCGACCCCAAAAGCCACAAGUUUGUGAUGAAGCUGCAGUCGGAGACGUCUGUGUAGGAGGAAAGGAAAUAAUCCUGUAGCGUCGCUUUGUAUCUGUUAAUAUAACCGUGCACUACUUUUACAUCAAUGGAGUCGACAUUUAAACUCACUGACGAGAAGAGGCAACAGAAAUAACCUGGUCUCUGACCUUGUUCCUCUUUCGGUUGUGGUGAGUCAGACCGACCCUGGCCUCAGAGUGCGACUGGUAACUGUGAUAAAGAACUGGAGACCGCCUCCACUUCCCAUCGCUCUGACGAGUCUGUGGUUUUAGUCGUAUUUCACUACAAAUGUAAUAGAGCGUUCUUUUAAUGAAACAAAGAAUGAAGUUGGAUUUAGGUCCCAAGAUUUAAUCAAGAGUUUUCGGAUAUCCUCCGGCUGUGGUGUGAUAAAGUCUGAGCAGCUUUUGAUUCAAACCGCUUCUCAUUUCCCGUCGUGCCUGAACUUCUUCGAAAAAGUCGAACCUUCCCCAUUUUCACACGUGGUCAGGUUUUCACAGAACGCAUCAAACACUGAAACCUUCCUGUCUUUUUUAUAAUCCACCGAACGUUUCCCUGAAGAGAGAGAGCGGUCACACGCUCGAGUCGCAGGACGAAGAAAGAAACACUGGACGGACUUUGAUUGUGUUAUUUCUCAUGAAGUUUUUAUUGAAUGGCUUUUCCACCUGUAAUAAUGUGUUUUUCAUACGGUUACUGAUGCACUGGCAACAAAUGUAGGAACAAUAAAGUGAAUGUUCAGUGACA